AUGAAGCUCCGAUUCCUACUCGCUUACUCAGCCCUAACUCAACUUGCUUCCGGUUACACUACAAGAGGAACUAUCAACACUGAUACUUCUGAGCCAACAUCAACCACUUCUUCCUCCUCCACAUCAUCCACGCUGGAGCAAACCUCCACCACCACCACCACCACCACCUCCUCCUCCUCCUCCUCCUCCUCCUCCUCCUCUUCGUCCCUGUCUACGUCUUCUCUCACAACACAAGAGACAACGACCACUGCUGAAUCCACGUCCUCAUCUUCCAUUUCUAGCUCCCCGUCAUCAACUAUUACUAGUACUGUUGCACCUACUACACCAUACACAACCACUACAGCUACGAGUUCUUUGCAGACGACGCCUGACACCCCGAAGCUCACCGAAAGUCCCUCUACGGCAACACCCACAAACACGAAUGAGGUAGUCACAACUGUGAUCGGCAAGCUGUCAACUAACACGUAUGUCAUAUCCACCAGUUCUGCUAUUGUGUUGCUCGUGACCCAUACAGAAACACUAACGUAUGUGAACUCGCAAGUUUCCACUUCAACGCAGACUAUUCCUGGAUCAUCUUUGAUUGUUGAGCCAACAGCAACAUCAAUAUACACUUAUCCUGUGUCCACAACAAGUUUCCUCGGUUACUUCAAUCACUCCACCAAUAGUAUCGAGUAUGAGACCGUGACUUCCAUCUUUUAUGGCUCUUCUUACUCUCUUUACACAGAUUAUAGCGAAAACUACUUCACCAGCUACGAUACGACAGUUACAGAAACGGUGGUGACAGGUACCUAUAUUGUCUGGGAUACCAAAGUUAUUGAAUCGUAUAGUUUGACUACAGGCUACCAAACUUUGAUUUCAACUCUAUACCCAACCACAGUGGUCUCCACCAUUGCAUCUUCUACUACAUCCACUGCUCAGACCACUGCUCAACCUACUGCUCAACCUACUGCUGCUCAACCUACUGCUGCUCAACCUACUGCUGCUCAACCUACGUCUGCAACCGUCCUACCUACCGUUACUGAGUCUUCUUACUUUACUGUCACCUCAGUGGUCACUGCUACCGAAAGUUCAUGUCUUGUUUGGGCUAAUCGUGCAUCUUCAUGGACUGUGGGCUCCGCUGACAUCGGCACCCAAAGCUCAUCCACUGCUCAAGCUUUGGCCAAUGAGGGAAGAAAAAGUAACGAUACACUAGCAGCGGUUCUUUGGACUACUUUGAUUGCUUGGGUUGCAAUCACUUUAUUCAUCUGA